AUGGGGGCCUCGGAGUCAAAGUUGGUAUUCAAGCAGGGCAUCUUCCGCCUCUCCGAAGAGAAGGAGAUCCCCGCUGACGACCCGUACUGGACGCGUUUCUGGGAACUCCCUGAAUCCUCCGAGGACAUCUUCAGCUUGUUCACGCCCGCCGACAUUCGACGAACGCGCGACCAUGCCUUUUCCAACUUUGAAACGCUGUUACUGUCGGUCUCAUCGCGACUGAUAGUCCUUAAGAACCACCCCUCAUUUCCCGACCCUGAUCUAGCUCCCGAUCGUGAUGUGCUCAACUGCAUUCGCAUCCUCACCCGUCUCCUGCCCUUUGUCUACGAAGCCGAACACCUUGAAGACUGGGAAGAGAAAUUCUUCUGGACUCGUCGCAAGAAGAAGACCAGACAGGCACAGAUUGCUGGCGAGGUUCUCUUUGAUGACUCACAAGCGGAAGGCCUGCAAGGCUCCUCACCUCGAGGGGAAGAGUACGAGGAUGUGAAACCUCUUGGCGAAGAGCUGAUUGACACUCUUCUCGAUCUACUCUUCUUCGCUGACUUCACUAUUCCAAUGCUUCCUACCGCGAAGAGCAAGAUUUCGUACUCUAUUUGGCAGAGUGGUGUGGGCUGCAACACGGCCAUGGGAUCAAACAAGACAUUGGAGAAUAAUCGAUGCGAGAUUGUGCGCCUGUUGUUGACUAUGACAGGCAAGGCUAUGUACUUACCAUCCAAUACCCUUCCUGUGCAAGGUGUCAGGGCUAUUACCUAUAUCACCACGUGCCAGGACAAGCAGGCCGUCCUAACGCUUCUAUGCUCCCUUCUCAAUACGGCUAUGAAAUAUAACCCCGCUACUUGGAGGGUUCCAUACGACCAUGUUGUGUGGAAAGAUCCCAAGCAGAUCCUGGUGAUAUACUGCUUGCAGUUCCUCCUCGUUCUGCUCUUAUACCCUAUUCCAGAGGAUGGUCGCGGAGCUCCGCCAAAAAACUACUACCGCCACUACUUUGGGAGACUUCAUCGGCCGCAGGACUUCCAGUUCCUUGUGGAUGGCAUGACAAGAAUCUUGAACCAGCCUAUGCAAGCCACAAAUUCCUAUCUCCCGGGAAGUCAAAGAUCGGUGAAAUGGGCACCCGAGAUCCUCAUCCUCUUUUGGGAGACCUUGCAAUGCAACAAGCGGUUCCGGUCAUUUAUCAUUGAUUCCAACCGCUCCCACGAUUUCGUGAUUCUUUGCAUAUUCUACGCGAUGGAGUACAGAACGGAUCCAUCCAAGCAAGGCGUGGUCCGGAUGUGCAUUUUCAUUCUUCAAACUAUGAGUGCAGAGCCUACUUUUGGCAAAAGCCUGAACAUGAGUUUCGAGGCACAGGAAACCCUGCCUCAGUCUAUUAGACUACUAAAGUUCCGGGGCUCGUAUGCCGACUAUCUCAUCAUGUCGGUUCACACCCUCAUGGCUACCAGCAAAGGUAAUCUCGAUACUGUCUAUCCCGCUCUUCUUAUUGUUCUCAACAAUAUCGCCCCCUACAUCAAACAUAUCUCCCCGAGCGCCUGUUCCAAGGUCAUGCAACUCUUCUCCUCGAUGUCUGCACCCAGCUUUCUACUGGCCAAUGAGACGAAUCACACCCUUCUUGCUUCGCUGCUUGACGUUGUCAAUGCAAUCCUCGAGCACAACUUCACGGAAAACCCGUACCUGGUUUACGCAGUCUUGAAGUACAAAGAACGAUUCGAGGCUGUCCGGGCGUUUACUCUCGAAAGUGGCCAGCAGGAGAUUGAGCGCCAGAAAGAGAAGCAGAAGGCAGGAGAUACAGCAGGGGAUAUUACCACCAGCCCAACACUUUCGCACUCGGAAGACGAUCUUCACGCUCCCUCGGGCGCUCGAUCGUCUCUGACUCGGAUUCCAGAAGAGAACAGCGCCUUUGCGAUUGGCGAGGAUGAUUCCGAUGAUGAGGGAGGACAUGAAGGACAGAACACUCCGUCUCAAUCGUCUCCGUCGGCUCAAACCUCACGCCGGCCCUCCGUUGCCUCUACGGCCGAUGAGAGCAUCUCUCAGGUCCGGGGGAUGUCCGAAAAGGCACGUGGCAAGAUGCCUGCUGGAAGACCAUCUUUCUCGCGCCAGAACAGCAUGACCAGCCAGACCAGCAUGUCUAUGUCUGCUUUGUUCACAACAUCCUCUACCGGCUUCAUGCCAACUGUUGCUUGGCUUGAAUCUUGGCUUCCGGAGCUUCCUCUGCAUACGAUCCUCACCAUCAUCUCCGCCAUCGCACCCCACAUCCCCGGGGCGGCACUCCAACCCACAUCUAGCCCUGAGGCUCGUACCUUGAUCAACAACCUUCCAUCCUUCUCUGAAGAACCCCAGAUCAAGAGCAUCACGUCGGAGCCUACCCCGAUCCGUGCCCAGUCCUUUGAAUGGUCGGCACUGUCGAUGGGUUGGUACGAGUCGCUUCUUUGGGGAUUCAUCUUCUCCAGUGAAAUGGUCGUCGGCUCCGCUGCGAGUGCGACGCCAGGCACCGUUGGUGUUUGGAAUGGAACCAGCAUCCGGCUCUUUAGGGUACAGGAGGCAGCCGCUCAGGGUCCCACGUUGUUGGCCCCGAAGGGCGCUGUAGAUGCGGUCGGUAGCAACCUGGUACAGCGCAUUGGGAACCUCAGCCUUCGAGGCCGCAACUCGAUUUCCCAGGAGGCUGGACAAUCCCCGAGUGUGAGGGAGGUUUAG